GGCCAAGCCGUUAUGGAAGCCGGUCGCGGUCAGACUCCGGUGAGGCAGAGCUGUGGGCGAUGAUGGAGGCGAGGGAGCUGCCCGUGGAGGUGAUCACUCACAUCCUGAACUUCCUGCCUAUCCCUGACAGGAAAGAGGCCUCUCUGGUGAACCGAAGCUGGUACUUUGCCGCCCAGGACUCCUUGCGACAGGAGGACAGCAUCUUCUACAAGAUCCCGGCUUCCUCCACCUCCCUCGGGGCCAUCAAAAGCCUGUCCCGGAGACGGGUUUGUAGCAUCCAGCUCACAAACCUGGACAGUUCCUCCACUUCCCGAGAGGUCAUCAAGUAUGUGGCCGGUUACCUGGGUCCCCACCUGCGCCACCUGUGCCUGCAGGGGAGCAGCAUCACAGAAGCCUGCUUUGAGGAGCUCCUCUUCACCUGCCCUUGCCUGGCCACCUUGGAUCUGAGCAGCUGCAACAGCCUCUUCAUGCCGGGGACUCUGCUUUCCAAACAGGAGACCUUCCUCCAAGCUCAAGAAGCCCUGGCCAACCUGCAGAACCUCAACCUGUCUGGCGUGCGUUACCUGUCCGACCUCACCUUCAACCGCUUGACCAGGUGCACCCCCCGGCUAGCCAGGCUGUCCCUCGCCCGCUGCCACAUCACCUUUGAGUUUGACGCGUACCGCGGCUCCCGGGACUACAACUCCUCGGCCCUCUUGUCCUUUCGCAACCUCUUGCGCUUCUUCACAGAGCAGGCUAGCAGCAUGAAGGCUUUGGACCUGAGCGGCACCAGCAUCUCCAGCCAGGCCAUGAAGUCCCUGGUCCGGGUGCAGAACCUGUGCCUGCACGAGGUGGUGCUCCAGGGGUGCCGGGACCUCUCCGACGAGGCUGUCAGCAUCCUGGGUCAGCACCAGCCUCGCUUGACCACGCUGGACCUGAGCGGCUGCUCUGAGCUGACCAACCGGGCCAUCUUGGCCCUCUGCUCCUGCCUCCCAGACCUUCAGUGCCUGGGGCUGGGGAAGCUCCCAAGGGUCACAGACGCCGGUUUCCAGGGCAUCUCACACCUGAGAAACCUCCGGAGCCUGAAUGUGUCCGAAUGCAGCCUUGUGAGCUCCAGUGAACUGGUGAAAGCCCUCGGGGCCAUUGAGGGGCAGCCUCAGUUGGUCUCGCUAAACGUUGCCUUUUGUGCUUUGCUAAAGGACAGCUCUGUCAUCUCGCUGGCUGGAGCACUAAGCCGAAGCCUCCAGGUUUUGGAUCUCUCCUCCUGCACGUCCAUCACCAACCAAAGCAUCCAAGCCAUCUCGACCUACCUCUUGAACUUGACUGUCUUGCGUUUGGCUUGGUGCAAGGAACUGACGGAUUGGGGCCUGCUGGGAGUUGAGCAACCCAGAGAGGCACGGGAUCACUUCAAGGAGAAGGACGCUGGUCCGAAGUUCAGCAGGAAUUUUGGGAACAUGGGAUUCUUCCUGCCGCCUCCACAGGAUUUGGAGCAGGAGGCCCCAAUCCUCACUGACCUCACAAAGCGGGACGGCCAGCAGAAGCACCGGGCCUCCUUGGACUCCCUGACCCGCCUGCAAGAGCUUGACCUGACCGCUUGCGGGAAGCUGACGGACAUGAGCAUAGCUAAGGUCAUCAGCUUCCCAGAGCUCCGCCACCUGGCCCUUAGCCUGGUGCCCAACAUCACGGACGCAAGCCUCACAGCCAUCGCCCGCCACUGCCGCAGCCUGGAGCACCUGUCGCUAAGCCACUGCAUGAACCUAACCGACAAAGGGUUUGCGGAGGCAGCCAACACCUUGCCCCGGCUUCAGCACCUCGUCCUUUCCGGCUGCAACCAGCUGACCCUGCAGACCCUGAGGGCCAUCGGUCGGGAGUGCCGGCAACUGAAGUGCUUGGACGUGUCCAUGUGCAGCGGGAUCAGCAUGGCCGAUGUCGAACUCUUCCAGUCUCGCCUCCCACUGCAGACGAGCAUUCACUCCCGGUUUGUAGGUGGAGCGGACCUUUCCGUCACUCUCUGAAAGGGGCUCCGUAGGCCAGCAGCCUUAGGUGGUCAGAUUGGCUCCACCUUCCGGCUGGGGCAGGUUGCCUUGGAAAAUGCCUGCCUGGUGAUCCCAGCGUCCUGCCAUCUGGCCUGGCGAUAACGCCACCAAAGGAACGGGGCAGCCAAAGUCGCUGCCCUUCAGCACAGCUGCACCACUGCCUGUCCAAGGCGGGGACCACCAGCCUCCUUCCCUCCCCCCCCCCCCGCUGUCUCUCCCUAGUGAGCAGGGAUCCCAUCCUGCAGAGGCACAAAGUGAGUGGGGAGGCUUACCUCGGUCCCCGCUCAGUAUCUGCAGCAGGAUCGAUCCUGCACUCCUGGAAACAGAUUGCUGCUGUCAGUGCAACAGCGGAGCAGCCCUGGAUUCUUUGAACUCGUGACAUCGUUGCUGCUGUUUCUUCUCCCUCCCCGCCCUGCCCCCUCUCUGAAAAAUAACCGUGGCAGCAGCUGCUUCGGAGGAAGGCUGCGUUGCCAUCCUUCUGCUGCCAACCUCUGGCAUGGUCUAGCAGCAGCACAAAGUGGCAGCUGCCUUUCAUGAGACCCGGCUGGUCCCUUCUUGCAAAGACUCAGGACUCCCAGCCAGCCUCUGCUCUCUCUUUUUCCAAAAAGGAUGUGCCAUGCCUAUUGCACCAGAGGGGAGGGCUUAUUGCUCUAAUAAAGGACUCUGGCACGCC